AUGCUCGCUGCGCUUCUCCUCGUCCUUGGCGCGGCCACGUGGGCCAAUGCGGCCUCGAAUGCGACCACUGCCGCCAACUCCACCUCGUGCGACACCGUUCUCCACGGCUACCAGUGCUCCCCUGAGAUUUCCCACUUCUGGGGCCAGUACUCGCCUUACUUCGAGGUCCCAUCUGACAUCUCGGCCGACAUUCCGGACCAGUGCAAGGUCACCUUUGCUCAAGUCCUGUCUCGUCACGGCGCACGCGACCCCACCGCCAGCAAGACGGAGGCGUACAACGCCACCAUCCAGAAGAUCCAGGAGAACUCGACCUCUUUCGAGGGUAAUGCCGCCUUCUUGCAGAACGUCGAGUAUACGCUCGGCGCCGACGAGCUCACCACUUUUGGCGAGCAAGAGCUGUACCACUCUGGUAUCAAGUUCUACAAGAGAUACGCCGACCUCGCCCGCUCCAACCACAUGUUCGUCCGCGCUUCCGGCGAGUCGCGUGUUAUUGCAAGCGGCCAACACUUCACCGAGGGUUUCCACGACGCCAUGGUAGACGACAAGUCGAACCUCACUGGAGACUACCCUUACGACAUCCUCAUCAUCAGCGAAGAAGAAACCAUGAAUAACACCAUGAGCCACGCCAUAUGCACCAACUUCGAGAAUGAGGAUGACGACGUCAUCGACGCUCGUGGCCAGGCUCCGUUCAACGACAUCUGGCUGCCGCCCAUCACCAGCCGCAUCAACGAUCAGCUGCCCGGCGUCAACCUCUCCCAGGCCGAGGUCACGUACCUGAUGGACCUGUGCCCAUUCUACACUGUUGCUGACCCCGAGGGCAAGCUUUCUGAAUUCUGUGACCUUUUCUUCGAGGACGAGUGGAAGCAGUACGACUACUACCAGUCUCUGGGCAAGUACUACCACUACGGCGCUGGUGAUCCCCUCGGCCCUACCCAGGGCGUGGGAUACGUCAACGAGCUCAUUGCACGUCUGACCAACACCCCCGUCCAAGACCACACGUCUACGAACAGCACCCUGGACUCGGAUCCCGAGACCUUCCCCAUCGGCAAGGGCAACGUCCUGUUUGCCGACUUCUCCCACGACAACGACAUGACGGCCAUAUUCUUCGCCCUUGGCCUGUACAACGACACGCAGCCUCUCAACAACACGCAGGUGCAGACGGCCGAGGAGAGUGGAGGCUGGAGCACUUCAUGGACGGUGCCGUUUGCUGCGAGGCUGUACAUUGAGAAGCUUGCGUGCAGCGGUGAGACGGACGAGUAUGUCAGACUCCUUGUGAAUGACCGGGUCAUCCCGCUCAGCUGCGCCGAUUCCGACGGCAAGUGCAAGCUGGAUGCUUUCAUCGACACUUUGGACUUUGCCCGGUCUGGAGGAAACUGGUCCGCUUGUUUUGACUAG